AUGGCAACGGUUGAGAGAUUGUACGUCCAUCCAGCGUACACUGUAAUAAAUCCUGUAACAGGAGUCUAUAACGACAACGACAUUGCACUAAUCCGUUUAGCCCACCCUAUAACAUUCACUGAUAAUAUACGUCCGAUAUGUCUGCCCACGGCAUAUGGACAAUACUUGCAACAAUUUGCUGAAAAAACUUACACAGCCGCAGGAUGGGGAAGAACAACACCAGGCGGACCUGGGAGCGAUACACUGAUGGCAGUCAAAGUUCCGGUGGUGUCCAAAGGAGAGUGUGAGAUUUCCUACACUGAGAGUCAAUACUACUGGUUCGUGUGUCCUCGAGGCGUUACUUGUCGUCACGUGAUCAGCGACAAGCAACUCUGUGCAGGAGGAAUACAAGGAGAAGGUACGUGCGACGGAGAUUCUGGAGGUCCUCUCAUGAUGUCUGAUGGGCUGAACCCUACUACAUACUACGUUGUUGGAAUAACGUCUUACGGGAUGAAAAAAAAAGAUGGAAGUUGUGUAUCCGGAGUUCCAGAUGUGUUUACCAGAGUAUCCGAGUAUAUACCGUGGAUACUGGAUACUAUAUACUAGUAAAAUCAUGAUUUUGGGAACUCACUUCUAUUUUUAUAACUAAAAUGAGAACCUGUUUUGUUAAAAACGUUGUUUAAUGUCUUAAAAUAAAGCAAACUUAUAAUGAGU